UGAAAUAAUGCAUUAUAUGAAAAUUAAUUUUAUCGUUUUAAAUUCCAAUUAAAUAUCAACAUUGUAUCUCAUAUAUAUAUGAACAUAUAUGGUAGACUUGGUACAGCGAUACAGGAGCGGCGCUCGCAAAAUCAAGAUGUAAUUAAUGCAAUUAACUCACUUUAAAAAAAAAAAAAAAAAAAAUUGAAAGACGAGUGUCUUCUAUCCUUGUUCUAAGAGUGCCACAGGCAGCGGUCUCUUUAAGAGCCGGCAGUUACGUGUGAAGGCGUCAGGAUUUGGGCUAUACCCCCUCCUUUCAGAGCUUUUCAAAAUCCUCCAGUCAAGCCGGCUGGGUAAAGCAGUAACAACAGACCCGUCUGAGAGAGAGGGAAACCGGGGGAAGCAAGGCAAAGCAGCCGUGACGGGUUUGGGCUCCCAGAAGCGCUUUCUCAGAUUCAAAACAGCGGGUCUUCUUUCUGGGAGGAAAUCUAACACGGGUCGGCUCACUUUUUCUUGGGAAUACUUAUAUUUUUGCACAAGACAUCGGAGGAAGUAAGGAUCUUUCAAGUUGCUCGUGUAAGCGCAGUGGGUGGUGCUGUGCUAUGGGAUGGACGGAGCCCAGCUGGAUGAGUACGAGGUUCGACUGAAAGAACUCUUCGACGGUUUCGACUGCAGUGGCUUGGGAUCCCUGUGCCAGGAGGAGCUCUCGGACCUGUGCCAGGCUCUGCAUCUGGAGGAGGUGGCACCGGCACUGCUGAGGGAACUGGUGCAGGAGGGCAGUCCAUCGGACAGGGUUCAUUUUGAACAGUUUAAGGACGCCCUGAUCAAUGUCUUGUCAACAACGCUAGGAGGGCAGCCGUCGAGUGAAGAGAACAGCCAGGAGCCAGACUCGUCCCAAGCUAACCCCAAGUUCGUGAAGGACGGGAAACGAUACGGGCGUCGCUCGCUCCCUGAGUUCGGAGAGUCUAUAGAAGGGUUUGCUGAGGUCAGCGAGACAGAGCCGGCCGCCCCAGAAGAGAAUCCCCAGAACACCCCCCCUCGGGACGGGUGCAAGCAGUGGAAGACAUCCACGCAGCACAGUGAGGAGUAUGAGGCUGAAGGUCAGCUGCGGUUCUGGAACCCCGAUGACCCUGGCACGCCCCGCAGUGUGCAGCCCCCCUCCCUGGACUGGCUGGAGGAGCGGCUGGGGGCUGUCUGUGAAGAGCUGGGGGUGUCUCGUCAGGGCUAUGCAAGCUGCAGGCAGCUGGUCUCAAUGUGCGAGCAGCUGGGACUGGAGGGGCUGGACGAUGUUUUUAUGAAUCUGGACCCUGACGGGAUGAUGAGUGUCCAGGACUUCAUUUCUGGGGUUCUGAGGAACGGAAAGCACCCCACCCCGUCCGCCUCCACCCCCUACCGGCAGCUCAAGAGACACCUCUCCACACAGCCGUUUGACGAGAGUGGCAGGCGCACGGCCACGCCCUCGGCGAUGACCAGCACCAUAGCUCUGCGGCUCUUCUCGGGGCUGGACGACGGCACGGGCUACACCAACGCUGAGCGGCUGCUGGACGCCUGGCAGGAAGAGGGUAUCGACAACUGCCAUGAGAUACUGCAGGCUCUGGAUUUCAGUCUGGACAGGAAGGUGAAUCUCAGUGAGCUGACGAUCGCACUGGAGAACGAGCUCCAAAUCACCAAGAAUGGGAUUCACCAGGCAGUGCUGGCCAGCUUCAAGAGUGAGAUCCGCCACCUGCUGGAGCGAGUGGACCACGAGAUGAGGGAAAAGGGGAAGCUGCGCUCCGACCUGGACAAGGCUGACCGGCUCAAGACACAGAUGGCCGCUGAGAUGGACGAACACCACUCCGCCAUCGAGCGUCUCGGCAACAGCAACCUCAGGAAGCUGGAGCAGGAGUAUCGGGACAGGCUGGCCGCAGUGAAAGCCGAGCUGACGAGAGAGAGGGACCAGAUCCAGCAGCAAGCCAGCAAGCAGAGGUCUGAGCUGGAGAGGGAGGUGGAGAAGGUGAAGGAGGAGGAGCUGUAUCUGCGAGAUCGCCUCUCACUCGCACACAAGGAGAACAUGCGUCUGGAGGCAGAGCUGCUGGAGAUCACAGAGAAGCUGGUGGAAAGUGAGAACCUGGCCAACAAGCUGCAGAGCAACCUGGAUAACAUCCUCAAAGAGAAGUUUGGUGAUCUGGACCCAGGCAGCGCAGAGUUCUUCUUGCAGGAGGAGCGAUUCAAACGCAUGCGGAGCGAGUGUGAGCAGCAGUGCAGGGAGCUGCAGGACCGUAUUGACGAGCUGCAGGCUGAGUUGGAGGAGUACUCCGCGCUGGGCAGGACAUCCCGCCCCUCCCUCGGACUGUCCCUGACCGAGGAGUUUGACAGCAAGAGCGGCGUUGGUGUGGAGUCAGACCCAGGUCUGGGUUUGGAGGAGGGUCAUCCCUUCAACAUGAGCCUGGAGGCGGAGAUGCUGGUGGAGCAGCUGAAAGAUCAGCACCAGCAGGACUUGGCGAGCGUGAGAGCCGGGCUGCAGAGCAAGGUUAGUGAGUAUGAGCAGCAGGUGGAGGAGCUGAAAGCCGGCCAUGCUCAGGAGCAGAGGGAGCUGGAGCAGCGGUGUCGGGAGGAGGUGGACCGGGUCCAGAACCACAUGCACGAGCUGCAGAGCCAGCUGGAAACCCUGGAGAAAGAGCGCGAGAGAGCGGAGCAGCUUCACAUCGAGGAGAGGACGGAACUGGAGCGGCGGCAAGGGGAGGAGAAGAGCCAGGCCCAGGCCAGGGCCUCCGAGCUGCAGGUCAGAGUGGAAGCUCUGGAGAGCGAGCUUGAGCGAGGAGAGGAGGAGAGACGGCAGCUGGAGAGACGGCACGCGGAGGAGCGAGUCUGGCUGGAGGAGCGCGGUGAGAAGACCCUGCAGGAACGAGUGCAGGAGGAGCGCAAGAGGAAGCGGGCGGAGCUGGAGGAACGAGAGGAGGAGCUUGCGGAGGAGUUCAAGCAGGAGCGAGGCUCGCUGGAGAAGAGGCACCUGGAGACCCUGGAGGAACUGACUCUGAAACACAGCGAGGAGAGACAGAGGCUGACCUGCCGGCUGCAGAGCCUUGAGCAGGAGAUCCUGGAGGAGAGGAAGAAACUGGAAGGCCACUUCAACCAGAAGAUCAGAGAGGUGGAGGCCAGGUUCUCAGGAGACCAGGAGGCGGUUUCAGAGAGAUUCCGGCAGGACAUAGCCCAGCUGGAAGAACGAUAUCAGCGGGAGCUCAAGGAUCUCUCGGAGCAACAUUCCGAGGAGAAGGCUCAGUGGGAAUUCGAGAAGGAGGAGCUCAUCCAUGAAGGCGAGGGAGAGCUGGAACGUCUGUGGGAGGCCCUGGAGCGAGAGAAGGAAGUGGCAUCCCAGGAGCUCAUCCUAGAAAGAGACCUCCUGGAGAAGAGCCACAAAGAAGAGUUAAAUAAUUUAAUCACUAAAAACCACCAGCUGCAGAAGGACCUGGAGGAUCUCGGAGCUGUGGCUCGGGGCAAAGAGACAGAGCUCUGCGAGCAGGUGUCUGAGCUGCAGAACGAGCUUCGGGAACAGCUGGAGGCCAAGGCUGAGCUUCUGGCUCAAGCUGAGGAUAAAGCCCAAAAGCUGGACCGCCUGCUUCAGCAGGCAGUGGGAGACUUUGAGCAGGAAAGGUCCGAGCUGCAGUCUCAGCUCUGCAGCUUGGAGAAGAAGACCAUGGAGGCGUGGGCCCUGGUAGAGGAAGGAUUGCAGGAGAAGCAGGAGCUGGCAACAGAGAUCCGCAAGCUGGAGACCAGAAUACAGGAGCUAGAGCUGGAAGCCUUGACCUUGUCAGAGGGCUACGAAGAGGCCAAGAAGCAAAAUGUGGAAGUGUUUGCCAAGGUCUCAUACCUGACUGAAAGGAUAAAGGAGCUGGAAGGUGAAGCAGAGGCGCUUGCUGGCCUGCAAAGGGAAUCCGAGCAAAUUGAACGGGAGGAAAUCAGCUCGACCUUCAGGAUUCCUGAUGGGACAGUGGUCCAAGUGGAAGAACAGGUUCCCGGAGAAAUCAAGGUCACCGAAGGAGAUGGUGAAAUGCCGGAGGUUGCUUCUCUUAAGAAGAUGAUCAGGGAUUUGGAAAAGGAGACUAAAGUCAUUCCUCAGCUGCAGGAAGAACGCGAUCAAGCCGUGAAGGAGCGUGAUGACUGCUGCACUGAGGUACUGGAGCUGAGUGAGAAACUUCAGGAUCAAGGCAACCUCCGAGUUGAGUUGCAAACAAGGUUAGAGGCAUCUGAAGCAGAGAAUCUGAAGCUCCUGGAGAGAAUUACUGAACUUGAUGAAGCAGUUGAAGGGGAAGAUACCAGAAAGACAUCUGUUGGGGAGCAAGCUGAGAGGAACAAUGAGGAGCUCCACUUGGACAUCUCCAGGAUGACCGAACACACUAAAGAGCUGGAAGACAAAACCAUGCAAGUGAUGGAGCUCCAGAGCAUGUACGAGGAGUGCUGUCUUGAUAAAAGUAGGCUGAGGGAGGAAAAGCUGAAGCUGGAGGAGAGAGUCCUAAGUCUGGAGGAGGAGAGGGAGCAAAGGUUAGGGGACCUGGAAGAGGAGUGCGCCAGGUCUAAAACAGAAAUGAGCAGACUAGUGGAGGAGAACUCUUUUCUCUACACUCAGAUCAGAGAGCUAAAGAAGGAAGAGGAGAUGCUCAGAAGCCAGCACCAGGAGACUGAAAGCAGCAGAAAGAAGGAGGCAGCUGAGGUGAAGGCGAGGAAGGAGGAGAUGCUGCAAGAUCUCAACAUCCAGCUGGAGGCCAAGAUCCAGGCCGUGUCCAAACUGGAGGACCGCUGCGUGGAGUUCGAGCGCGACAACGCGGAGCUGAAGAACACUGUCUCAGACUUGCAGGAGAAAUGCCACAAAUUCCAGGAAAAGAGCCAAGCCCACAGAAGCGAGGCUAGGAGGCUGGCUGAGGAGAAUCUCUCUCUGAAACGGGAGAUCUCUACACUGAAGGAGGACGGAGGUUUUUCGCAGCUGAAACUGAAGGACCUCGGUGAAACUCAGGAGGAAGUGCUGCGCAAGGUGGAGCAGUUUAAGAAGGAGAAGAUGGCGGCGGUGAAGGCUGCAGAGAAUUUUAAGAAGCAGGUGCUGGAGCUGCGGUCCCGUGCUCAGCAGCUGGAGAGCGAGAACGCUGAGCUGGCUCAGAAGAGCGGUCAGAACGCCAAGGACCUCGUGGAGCUGAACCGGAGAAUGUGUGAGGUGCUGCGGCGUCACGAGAACCGUGAGAAUGGCCGCCGUCACCAGCGGGGGGAGCUAGAGAGGGAAAGAGCUGCAUUGAGCGCCGAGCUCAGCCAGGAGAGGAGCAAGAUGGCGGCGUGCAUGUCCACUCUGGAGUCUGAGCUCUGUAGGGUUGAGGAGAGGAGCAGAGUGCUUGAGCAGGAGAAGGCAGUGCUGAGCCAGGAGCUGUCUGCUGUGAAAGAGAAGCUGUCGGGCUCCAGUGACCUGAAGAAGGAACUGCUCAGCGUGGUUUGCAAGAACGAGAAGCUCCAGAAAGAGAAGGAGGCGCUGAGUGAAGAGCUGAACCGCUGUGUGGACAAGGUUGCGAAGAUCGGAGUGCUUGAGAACCAGCUUGCUCAACUCAGACAGGACCGGCAGGCAGUGGAGCAGCACGCACAGACACUGAGGAGCCAGCUCAGCGCUUCCCUGGACAAGGUCCACAGUCUGGAAGAAGCAGUACAGAGUGUCAACCUCCAGAUGGCUAGACUAAAAUCAGACCUGCGGGUCACCCAGCAGGAAAAGGAGGCCCUCAAGCAGGAAGUGAUGUCGCUGCACAAGCAGCUGCAGAACGCCAACGACAAGAACCAGGUUCUGGACCUGGCAGUGCACUCGACCGGCUACCAGAACCAGCAAAAGAAGCUUUACUGGGACGAACUGGCCAGACUGGUGGAGCAGGAGCAGCAGCUGCUGAGGCAGGAGAACGAACGGCUGCAGAAAGAGGUGCAGAACACCAAGGGGGACCUGAACCACUCGAGAGAGAAGAUCAGGCAGCUGGAGGCGAUGAUCCUGACUCUGAAGCAGCAGAAGCAGCAGGGCCAGUCCAGCCUGGUGAAGGCAGUGGAGCAGGAGAAGAGCAGCCUCAAGAGGGAGCUGGAGCAGCUGCACAGGGAGCUCCUGGCAGCCAACCGCAGGGUGAGCGAGCUGAGCGACUGCGAGCGAGAGUUGGAGAGCCUGAAGGUGGAGAACGAGACACUGCGGAGCCGGCAGGCCAGACUGGAGAGCCAGGUACUGGAGACUCUGUGUGAGCAGCUCGGAGGGCUGGUUCCGAGGGAGCAGCUGGUCCAGGCCCAACACAGACUGCUGCACGGGGAGCGUCGCGGGCAGCACCGGCCCGAGGACCUGGGGGGCCGGGCACCAGACAUCAAUGCGCAGCAGGAGGGGGAUGUGCUGCUCAGGAUGGAGGAGCGGAUGAGGAAUGUCGAGCAGAAUCUCCGUAACGUCAAGCUGCUGCUUCAGGAGAAAGUCUCUCAGCUUAAGGAUCAGCUCCACAGGAACACCAAGGCUGACGAGAUGAUCAAGGACCUGUACGUUGAGAACGCUCAGCUCCUCAAGGCUCUGGAGAUGACGGAGAAUCGGCAGAAAGUCACAGAGAAGAAGAACUACCUGCUGGAGGAGAAGAUUUCCAGCCUGAACAAGAUUGUGAGGGACCUGAGUCCCUCGCCCCUCACUGCCGUACCCUACCACUUCACUCGGUCCUAGCACGACCCUACCACCAAAGUUCUACCCAAAACCUGCAUCUAUACCACAACCCUGAACCUACAUCCCUCCUAUACCAAAUUAAUAACUACCCCCCAACCUCAGCACACCCCUACCUUGGAGUUCCUACACACCUUAAUGGUUGUUUUGUUAUGUAAUAGUUGUUCCUUUUACAAAAAAAAAAAAACUGAUUCAAACUCUCGGCUAAACUCUUAGUGGAUCUGGCCCAGUAGACAAAAAAAAAUGAAAUACUUUAGUUUUUGUCCCGAUGUCUGUAAUGGCUUGCAAGGACCAAAAUGAUCUUACACUUUUAUUGUAGAAUAUCUGACUGUGAUGCUGAUCAUUUUUGUCAUUGGGUGGAGCUUUCUAGAGUGGUCCACAGCAAACACUUUUACAUGUGGCUUGUUAGACUGGUAUAAGAAUAGAUUUUCAGAUCUGAAGAUGCACUUUAUGCUGUUUGAAGAAAUCAGUGUUUAUAACCUUGCCUGAAGCUGCCAGAGACGUGAGGCUGCCUCUUUUUGUGGGAGACCUGAAUUUAAAGUAUUUAAAAAGAACAAAGACUGAACUGCCUUUAUUGGUAAUUCUUUUGUUCCUCCUCCUACCGGUGUACAGUAUAUACAAUCCAUGGUGUAUCUGCUUUGAUAUCCACUGUAGUAUAUACAUGUCUUUAUAGCAUAAGAGAUGGUGCAUCAGCGUGGAUUUUGUAUCCAAAGGAAAUACAUCACUGCAUUACAUUCAAGGGUUCUACUCAAAUAGAAAAGGAAUUAGCAAACGCUUGUAUAUUACCUACUGUCUACAAUAGCAUACGCUCCAGUGAAUAAUGAAGUAAACAAUACAUCUGGACAUACUCUAUGUAAAACACAAAAACAAAAUGGUUGUGUUUUUUUCUUUUUUUUUCUCGCUGCAACAGAUGGUUCUGACCUGAAUGACUGACUACAUGAUGAAUGGCUGAAAUUUAAGAAAAGA